AUGGGGAAAGACUACUACAAGAUUCUCGGGGUGGACAAGGGCGCCAAUGACGAUCAGCUGAAGAAGGCCUACCGCAAGAUGGCCCUCAAGUGGCACCCCGACCGCAACCAGGACAAGAAAGAGAAGGCCGAGGAGAUGUUCAAGGAGGUCAACGAGGCCUUUGAAGUCCUCUCCGACCCCAAGAAGCGACAAAUCUACGACCAGUUCGGCGAGGAGGGACUCAAGGGCGGUGGUGGCGGCGGCCCUGCCGGCGCGGGCGGUUUCGAGGGCUUCGGCGGCUUCCCUGGCGGCGGUGGCGGCGGCUUCCAGAGCUUCAGGUUCACGCCCUCCAACGCCGACGACAUCUUCCGUUCGUUCUUCGGCGACUUCGGCGGCAUGGGCACCGGCGCCGGCAUGGGCGGAAUGGGAGGAAUGCCUGGAAUGGGCGGCGGCGGCGGACGUCGACGGGCGGCCGGCGGACCCUUCGGCGGAAUGGGAGGAAUGGGCGGAAUGGGCGGGUCGCCGUUCGGUGGAGCGUUCGGUGGCAUGGGCGGCAUGGAAGAGGAGACGCCGCAGGCCCCGCCGGUGGUGCACAAGCUGCGGGUGACGCUCGAGGAGCUCUACACGGGCGUGCAGAAGAAGAUGAAGGUCACCAAGACGCUGGUCGACCCGAGCGGCAAGUCGGUGCAGGUGGAGAAGAUCCUGACCAUCGACGUCAAGCCCGGCUGGAAGGCCGGCACCAAGAUCACCUUCCCCAAGGAGGGCGACGAGCGGCCCGGCGUCGAGCCUGCCGACAUCGUCUUUGUGAUCGAGGAGAAGCCUCAUGCGGUGUUCAAGCGGGAGGGCAACGACUUGAUCUACACACACAACAUCACGCUGGCGCAGGCGCUGACCGGGUUCGACGUGAGCCUGCGAACACUCGACGGCCGACCGCUGACGGUGCCCCUGCGCGACGCCGUGGUGGACCCGUCCUACGUCAAGGUGGUGCCCGGCCAGGGCAUGCCCGUCUCCAAGACGCCCAGCCAGAAGGGCAGCCUGCGCAUCCGCUUCAACAUCGCCUUCCCGCGGAAACUUGACGCCGACCAGAAGAGCCUCACAGUUUCUGCUUCACCCUCUACGUUUGGCGGUGAGUACAACUGCUUGCGACCUGCUCUCAUUCUUCUAUCCUAUCCGCCUUCACCCAACAAGUCCUCACCAGCCUACCAGGCCCUUCGUGAGACCCUGCAGGAAAUGCGCGAACAGCUUGAUGACAACAAUCACCUUCUUCAGGCCACCCAGCAAGCCCUCGCGACCUCCCAGCAAGCCCUCGCGACCUCCCAGCAAGCCCUCCGCAACGCCCAGCAAGCCCUCCGCAACGCCCAACAAAGACUCCUUGACCAUCAGUGCCCUGCCACCCAGCCGCAGGCCACAGCCACAACUACUCGGGCAUCACCCUACAAAAGGAGGCGUGCAGAGUCACAGACGCCAUAUCCUCCUCAGGCCGAGGGGGUACAGAACCUGGUUGCCUUCUUCGAAUUCAACCAAAGGGGACAGCAAGCAACCCUGCGUGCGCGUGCGUCGCCUGAAGAUGCCAGCAAGGAAGAUUUCCAUUUCAAUGAGGAUUUGAGCGAGUGA